CGUUAUUGCACGCCAGGCCCCGCGGUGAUUGUCACUUGAUAGCAAUACGCGAGGCGCCAAAGCUGUCCGCAUCGGCGCUUUCUUCAGCCCAAGUGGUAUCAAUGUUGUCUGGCAAUGGUGUGUAAGGAGAACGUGGUAUCAUGGUUUGGGAAUCUGUCCAGUUAUAACCGCAUCGAUGUCAUGUGCACGUUAUUAAACAUGUGCCUGCCAUUUGAAGUACGAUACCUCGGCACUUGUGUAGAGGACAUUGGUAAACGGGAUUACAAUGAUCUCCGCGACACGGAGCAUCAUGCAAACAGCCCUUCGGAUCUCGCCGAGCUGACGACCUCGGGUGUCGCGGAUAAGCGCACGAGGAGGAAACUCGCUCUCUACAUGGCACUAUUACACUCUUGCAACUAUGCGUGCGCAGUGAUCUUGUACAAGAAUCUAUCUAACUUCGACUAUCAAGAGAUCUCUAACUUAUUAAACGGGACCACCUUUACACCCGAUGAUCAACCCCUCGAAGAGUUGCUCUUACUGUACACGAUGGCUCUGAAUCAUCCAGCAUUUACAUACGAGCAAAAGAGCGUCUUCGGUAAUAUUUUCAUAAAGCUUCAGGAAGAGGAAGCUCGCUUGAAUCUGUCUAAGUCGAAUUCGUCUUACAAGCAAAAUCAAGGUUGCUCGCCAUGUAUGAAUACGAAUGAAAGAUUAAUGGAUUCAGAGAUGCAGGGUAAUUGUAUGAUGGCUCCUCCGCCGAUGCAAACUUAUCACGGAGAAAUGGCAAUGAGGAAUAACACAAUGGUGACCGGAGUACCUCCCGGGCUCUCCAUGCCUCCGCCUGGAUUGUGUCUGCCGACGCCGGAACAAAUGCCGAUGGGAUCGGGCGGUGCCACGCAGUACCUCCACCUCGGGUUCCCAUCAGUGAAUCAUAUGCCGCCGUGGACAGGUCAGGUCAUGAUGGGGAAUCAACUGAUGUAUCACACUGGUGACAUGUUGGCUUAUCCACCUUCCCCCUUAGUCAGCCGCCAAUCGUCACCGUCCCAGUCUCGAUCUCCUAGCCGCAGCAAUUCCCCGAUGGGUCGCAGAAACAAUGCGAUGCCGCGCACCUCCUCGCAGGUGACCCAGUCAACUUCGAACACCAUGACAACGUCGACGAGUGCCUCUAACAGUCAGACAAGCAUAUGCAGCUCGAACACCAAUUCCCUACCCCCGCUGCCCGCGUUGAGUACGAACAGAAGUCACCCUAGUCAGCCUCCAUUGCUUCCAUCACGCUCUGUUCCCUUGUCUAUCAGCAGUUCUACUACUUUUUCCCGGCAUAAUAGCGUCGAGAAUACCCCUUCUACCUUAAUUCCGGCAGCACCUCAGUCGAAACAGCCGCCGCCGCCGCCGCGACUGCGAUCCUCCACUUCCGGCGACUCGUUACGAGAAACGCUCGGGAAGGAAAUGCCAAAUUUCAAAGGCAACUUGCAGAAUUUCUCGCUCGACGAGAUACGGAGAAUGAGCGACGAAGACCUAAGGGAUAUAGGAUUGACGCCGAACGCUGUGGGACAGCUACGGAGUAUAGUUAAAAGUCAAACUACUAAUGGGUUAAAUCAAAUUUCUACCGAGAAGAAACUAGACGGUACCACGGGCACGGCACACAACGUUGUAGAUUCGGUCGAGAACGAGGCCAUGCUUGGAAUGGAGAUGUUAAAUGAUAAUGGAAAUCAAAGCAGUAAGUCAAUGCCAUUACAGGAACCGCAUCCAGCGAUGCAUCACCAUCAUAAUCACGCAGCUACUCCUAAUUUACGGCGAUAUCCUACUAUGCGACCACUAGAUCCUGGUCAAAUACAAAUGUACCCUGCGCCGCCGCCGAUGUACGCUGCACCGAACGCGCCGUGCUAUGCCUGCCUCACGUUGCCUGUCCCAGGUGUACAAAACCGAUAUUCAAGGUGCAAUGCCCAGCACGUGUACUGUUUGACGCAAUUACAAGCUCUGAGGUUAGAUCCCGAGAGCAGUAGGCACUGUUCCCAAAGCAGCAGUUCCGAUAGUACCGGUAGCAGGUCCCCGCCGGAGACUCCUCCGGCCGCGCCGUGGGUCAGCGGAAGCGAGAGUAACGGGCCUCCAGUUAGCGACCACCUCAGCCCCGCGCCGGUGCAUUCUACGAGUGCGGUCUCGCAUCCGGCGCCUCAACAACCUGUACAGUCGGGCCCGGAGAGGCAGCGCACCAGAAGGAAUCAGACGCAUGUGAUGCGUCAUAAAAAUCAAAUGGUGAACGGCGGCGGUCCGCCGAACCUUUCGCAAUGCGUCUCGUUCCCCGCUCCGCCGACGCAGUCGCAGGUCACGUAUCUGCCGCAUCAUUUCUCGGCGUUGAGACCGAGCAGUGGUAUUUAUUCUAACUUCUCUCAUGGGCCGUAUGGAAGGCCGGCUUAUCCGACUACGUACCAGCCGAACGGCGAAAUGAUGUACCAAUAUCCUGGACACCCGCCUUCGGGUGGGACUCCGCCGCCUCCGCCGCAAAAUGCGGCCGGGACGCCUGUGCAACCGCCGUACAUGCCGCCUACUCCGGUUGUCACGUACGCUCCAGCUGCCGUCCCCCCAGCGAAGAUCUCGUGUUACAAUUGCGGCAGCAGUAGUCAUCUCGCAAUUGAUUGUAAAGAUCAAACUAUGGAGGAUCUUACCAAAAAAGCUCAAUACCGCCUAGACUACAGUAUAAUGAAGCAACCUGGAGAGUGCCCAAGUUCUGACAAGUGAUCCCCUGCCGCGGACCAUCCAAAAACGUAUCAUUAUCAUCGUUAUCAUGAUCACCGUCACCACUGUCACCAGCAGCACUGUCACUACGACCCCGUCACAGCAAUACAACCUAAAGGCUGCUCGAAAGACGACCGCUAUCGCUCCUCGUGCAUGUUAUCGGUGAUUUUUCUGGACAUCCCUUGCACUCGGGACGACAAUUUUUUAACAACGGGUGUCUCGCGAUGCAUGGUACCAGGUAUACUUUUUACAACCUCUUAUUUAUGAUAGUGAUCCUUGACCAUGAUUGUAAAAAAGGAGUGGCGUCGUGUACAGAGGAGAAAUGAAAAAUAACGGGGGCAGGCGUAAAAACGCGAAAUGUUCUUAUCUAAGUUUUUAGAAUAUAUUUUGAAAGAUUUGUGUUAGGUAUUCAUUCGCGUAUUUCCAUUGUAUCGAUGGGCUACGUACACGUUCACGGACACGCAUAUAUACACACGCAUCACAUCCCUCCUCCACCUUUUCCAACGUUUCCCUGUCUCUAGUAAAACUAGCCAUAAAAAAAACGAAAAACAGAUGCAGAGAAAAUGAGAAAAAUGCAUUGUGCUCUAAUUAGGUGAAACUAUCACGUUUGAAUAUAUUCAUCAUUGAUACUUUUACUUCUACUAAUACGUCUAUUACCACUAUUACUACUAUUACUAUUAAACUAUUACUAUUACUUCUAUUAUCGCUAUUGAGCCACAACGUUUUUAUGUAUACAUAUUUUCUCAAUCCUUACGUGCGCAAUGUUUAAACGAGUGCAACAAAUAUAUGGCGAGGAUAGGGUUCUGUGGGGAAGAGAUCGAGCGAGAGUGGAAGGGUGAGAUAGAAAAGAUGGGAUAACGAGAGAACAACAAACCAUAAGUGUUCGAUUGUCUAGCUGCCUUUGCGCUCCUGUGUGUAUAAAACUAUAAAUAUAUGCCGCUCAUUCAUUCAUUCAUUCAUUCAUUAACUUAUGAAUAGUUAGAUAACAAUAAUUCUCAUCCUAUUUAUACAAAUAGUCAUGCGAUCAUGUGCAACUUAAGCAAUUUUAUACGACUUUUAUUGAUCACCUGUCUUUUUUAUGUGUAAGCAAUGCGUUAAAUGCGUUUAGAAUCUUGUUAGUCGGUAAUGUUAAAAAAAAAAGAAAACGGAAAGAAUAAUAACUUGAAUAUAAUAUUAGUAUUAGGUGUGAGUGGAGUGGCAAUCUGCGUCGUAUCUGCCUUGUCAGCAGGUUGCUGCUGCAUUUAAACCGACUUGACGUUAAAAAUGGAAAGGGACACCGUUAGUGGGUGUCGAUCUGAUUCUAUUAGAGCACAUCAUUCGGCAAAUCUUUGUCUAGAUCCCACACUUACGAUGAUCCACAGUUUGAAAUCGCGAGGCUCUCGUACAUUGCCUCGGAUCCAUGUCGAAUAGGUCUUGAAUAAAAAUAGUAAGGACUGUGAAAGAGGAUGGAACUGGA